CAUGCGGCUGCAGGGCUCCUCUCCUAGCAACGGCCUCCUUACGCCGGUUGGAAAACUGGCCUGAGGGUGAUGGACCAGAAGUGUCCCCGCCCACCUACCCCUUUUGAAGAGGCCUAUUGGCUAGUCGUCCGAUCAGUCCUCCUUCCAUUGGUUUCCCCCGCCUUUCCCUGUAAAGCUGCAGACGUGGUAGGUAUGGGGAGGAGGUGACGGAGGCGGCCGCGGAGGAACGAUGGGGCUGGAGCGGCUUCUGUGGGUCGCUCUGUGGAGCGGCACCUGUGUAUGGCUGCGGGGAGCUCAAGCGAAGACCAUCCACGGGAGCUUCUCCAGCGUUGCUGCCAGGAUCGGCGCCGGUCAGGGGGUGGCGCAGUUCCAGUUCCACGGUGAUUGUGCUCUUCUGUAUGUCAGAAUCAACAAUGUAGCAACAGCUAUUGGAAAAGAAGCCAAGCUUCACCUGUUUCAAGCUUAUGAAUGGAUAAAGCUACAAGAAAGCUACCAGGAUUACAGCUGUAAAGAGAAAUUGUCCAAAGCCCAGCUGACAAUAAACAUGAACUGCACAGAACAAAAUCUGACGGUGUCCCAGAUUCCAUAUCCUGACACAUGGUAUGUGUUUUAUGUCGACAAGUUUACCUGUGCGGCGAAUUAUGAGACCUCUGAAUCCAAGGAAGUUCAAUUUGAAAUGGUGUUACUAAAUCCAGAUGCAGAAGGGAAUCCAUUAGAUCACUUUAGUGCAGGCGAAUCAGGCCUACAUGAGUUCUUCUUCCUGCUUGUCCUGGCAUACUUUGUUGCUGCUUGCAUAUAUGCUCAGUCAUUGUGGCAAACGAUUAAGAAAGGAGGCCCUAUGCACACUGUGUUAAAGGUCCUGUCAACUGUUCUGCUCUUGCAAGGUGCUUCAGCUUUUGCUAACUACCUGCAUUUUUCAAGUUACUCUAAAAAUGGAGUAGGAGCACCUUUUAUGGGAAGUCUUGCAGAGUUGUGCGACAUAAUCUCUCAGAUGCAGAUGCUAUAUCUACUGCUCAGCUUGUGUAUGGGGUGGACAAUAGGCAGAAUGAAGAAAUCUCAGAGUAAACCUCUCCAGUGGGAUUCCACUCCCACAUCCACUGCCAUUGCAAUCACUGUUGUGGUCACACAGAGUAUUUUACUAAUUUGGGAGCAGUUUGAAGAUACCAAUCACCACAGCUACCACCUGCACCAAAAUUUAGCAGGUGGACUACUUAUUGGCUUGAGAAUUUGCCUAGCUCUGUCACUGGGCUGUGGACUUUACCAGAUCAUCCGAAUUGAGAGAAGUACACUGAAAAGAGAAUUCUAUGUCACUUUCACAAAAGGCUGUCUUCUGUGGUUUUUGUGUCAUCCAAGUCUUGUAUCCAUAUCUCUGAUGUUUAGAGAUUAUCAGCGAGAGAAGAUAAUUACCAUAGGUGUCAUCCUCUGCCAGUUGUUCUCCAUGGUCCUCCUCUACCGGCUCUUUGUUUCCCAUAGUCUGUAUUGGGAAGUGUCCUCCCUCUCCUCGGUGACACUGCCACUAACUGUAGCAUCUGGACAUAAAAGUCGGCAUCACUUCUGAUAUGCAUCUGGGAGAUUCCUUGACAAAUGUGCAAUAAAUACUUGAAAACUGUGCAGCUAUUUUCAGCAGUAAAUCCACUAUAGAGGUUUUUCUGGAAAAAAUUAAACAAUCAAAAUACAGAAUUACAAUGUUGCAGGAUCUGAACAAGUAUUGGCCUGAAGCAAAUUUUAUCAAAAAUAGUGGCAAAGCAGAUAUAUUGAUCUUGCUAUCUUGGAUGAAAACAAAGAAUAUCCUUAACCUCAGUGUUUUCACUCUGAAACUGCCUCAUCUAAUAUUAGAGCUGGAUCCAAAUUUCAGUAACAACAAGCUUAAAGAGAUCACACAAACCGCUUUUGCAAUUAAAAUAGUAUAUUGGUUUAAAUUGCUUUGAAACAGUGCAAGUUGUGCAGAAAUUUAAAAUGACUUGAAAAUUGUAAUAGUUCCAGGAAACCAGUGUAAAAUGUUUACAGCAAACUAGCUCUCAUUAUUUGUGUUUUUGAAAAGAAAAAAAUGCUCUCUUGCCUUUGAGAUUUGGACGUAGUUCAAAUUUCAGCUUGAUUACCAGUUGCUUUUUUCAUUCCAUAUUUGUGACAAAUGUUACAAGAGCAUAAGGGUAAUGGAUUAUCCUGAGUGGUCUUUUUUUAAAAAAACAUUGCAACGUUAAAGUAAUAAAAACAGCAGGCUAGCAUCCCCUAAACUGAGGGGAGGAAAUGGAAUAUGUGAUGCAGUACUAGAAUUUUAAUCCUGAUAUAAUUCAUUACUCUCACAUUGAGGAUUCAAUCAUAAUUAAGCCAUAUUCACAGAUUAAAUUAACAGAAGCAUUUCAAAUAAAUGUUAGUUUCAGUCAUCAACUACCCAUGAAUUCCUGCCCAAGGAUACUUAAUCAGGAUUAAAUUUCCUAUGAAUAAUUGAAAAACAAAAUACUCACUGGAUUUGUUAUAAUCCAUGUUGGCAUUGGGUUCUAAGUAGUUGCCAUCUCCCACCCAUUGUAGUAAAGCGCUCUUUAAAUGAUGCCUAGCAUUCAGACUACCAUUGUAAAUACAUACUCUUAUUGAAGUGCCUAUUUAUUGCUCAAGAUUGAAAUCAUAUGAACAAUUUUUGCUACAUAAAAUAAACAUUCCUGUUAAGUAA